AUGGCUGUUCAGGAUGAUCUAUCAUCUCUCUUCUCCAAGAAUCUCACUUUGACUUCCAAACCACCACCAACCCCUCCCCAGGACGAUAAGAUCGUCUAUAUCUCCCAGCAUUACAACCACAGCGCUCAUGUCGCAGCCCAGCAGCCGUCCCAGGUCCAGCAAGAUGAGCCCAUGCAACGACCAUCUUCGGAGCCUCCAAGGUCAGACCUGCAGGACCUCGAGCUCCUCCUCCGCAACCACGGUGUGGACACCUCGGCCCUUUCCUUCUCCCAGGUUGAGCUGUUCCGCAACGCGGCAGAUGCCCAAAAGGCGCGGCUGAUCCAGCUGUGGACCAUCUGCCCCCCGAGAAACUCGACUGACAAUCCCACUCUGACCUGGAGCAACACCACGCUCGAACAGGAGGAGAUGCUUGCUCAGAGGCGGUACGAGUAUCAGCAGCAGCAGCAGCAGCAACGACAAGGCCCCGAUGAUGAGACCAUCAUGAGCCUAGAUGGCACUGACACCGGAACCACCUUCGGCAGCUCACCCACUUCCAUGCAGUCCGGCGACGGAAGGUGGGUCCCGCACGCGCAGAACUACAUGGAGCCGUACAUGCAGAGCGGGUACGAGCAGCUGGCCAAGAAGGAGUACAACGCGUCUGCAGGCAGAUUGGGAGAGUACAAGAUCGCCACCGACCCGGUGUACCAGUCGACGGGCGGGGUGCUAGACUAUGAGAGGCAGCAGUGGAUGGAGAAUCAGUACGGAUCGGUGGUCGGCGGCUGGGGCGACGACGAGGAGAUGUUGUGA